GGCGGCGGCGGCGGCGGCGCGGCGGGAUCGCGGGCCCGGGGCGCCUCCGCUCUCCUCCUCCUCCUCAUGGCCGGGAACUUCUGGCAGAGCUCGCACUAUUUACAAUGGAUUUUGGAUAAGCAAGAUCUAUUGAAGGAACGCCAAAAAGACUUGAAAUUCCUUACUGAAGAAGAAUAUUGGAAACUACAGAUAUUUUUUACUAAUGUUAUCCAGGCUUUAGGUGAACAUCUUAAAUUAAGACAACAAGUUAUUGCCACUGCAACAGUCUACUUCAAGAGAUUCUAUGCCAGAUAUUCCCUAAAAAGUAUAGAUCCAGUAUUAAUGGCUCCUACGUGUGUGUUUUUGGCAUCCAAAGUAGAGGAAUUUGGUGUUGUUUCAAAUACAAGGUUGAUUUCUGCUGCUACUUCUGUAUUGAAAACUAGGUUUUCUUAUGCCUUUCCGAAGGAGUUUCCUUAUAGGAUGAAUCAUAUAUUAGAAUGUGAAUUCUAUCUCUUAGAAUUAAUGGACUGCUGUUUGAUAGUAUAUCAUCCUUAUAGACCUUUACUCCAAUAUGUGCAAGAUAUGGGCCAAGAAGACAUGCUGCUACCUCUUGCAUGGAGGAUAGUGAAUGACACAUACAGAACUGAUCUUUGUCUGCUGUACCCUCCUUUCAUGAUAGCUCUAGCUUGCCUACAUGUGGCCUGUGUUGUCCAGCAGAAGGAUGCAAGGCAAUGGUUUGCUGAGCUAUCUGUUGAUAUGGAAAAGAUUUUAGAAAUAAUCAGGGUUAUUCUGAAGCUGUAUGAGCAGUGGAAGAACUUUGAUGAGAGGAAAGAGAUGGCUACUAUUCUUAGUAAAAUGCCUAAACCAAAACCACCUCCAAACAGUGAAGGAGAACAGGGUCCAAAUGGUAGCCAGAACUCUAGUUACAGCCAAUCUUAAGACAUUCCAAAGAAUUUCUUUAUGGACCACUUUGGAUCAAGACGUCCUAGGAUCUUUCCUGUGUUCAUGAAAUGGACAGAAGGUUUUAGUUAACAUCUUUGACAAAGAACUUGAAGAAUAAAUAGCUUGUUUCUGUCAAGCAUUUUGAAAGCUUUUUCUUUAAAACUGCAUCAUUUUUUCUGAAGCUGGAGCAAAUGUACUAAGAUUUCUCAGUGUAAGGAAUCAAACAUUAAACUGAGCUGCAAAAGAUUAACACUAUCCACUCAAAACAAAUAAUUCAUUACUGGUUUUGUUUGCUUUGAGAAAAUGUUAGCUUGCCAUUAAAGUGAACUUUUUUAAAAAGCAACAGUAACCUGAAGCCUAAAUGUAACUAUAUUGGUGACCUGUGUUGUCUUCAUUUUGUUUGUGACUGAAGGAAGAUAGUGCACUGUAUAUUAAAUCUAUUCAUUACUCUUUUUUUUUUUUUAAUAAAUAUGGAUACUGUAACAGGUAAAACAGCUAUCCUUCAGAAACAAAACCUAGAAGAGUCCACAAAGAAUGUUGUUUUAAUUAAAACUGCAGUAAAGAAAUUCGGUUCCUUUUUGGAUUAGAGAAAUGCUGUUUUACUCAGUAGAUGUACUUGGAUGUUUUUACUGUGAAACUUAGUAGCCCGGCUUACCAGAAAAGUGCAAUAUGUAUAGUGUUCCUGCGGUUUUCUUAAUCAUUUCAAGUGUUAGGAAUUAAAAAAUAAAACAUACUAUGAUUUAUUUGCAAGUACAUGUACUGUAUAGUACAAUCGGAGGAUUUUACAAGUGAAUAAUCAAAUACCAAUCUGGAUAUGAUUGCUAUUUUUUAUUGUGGCUUUUUUUUUCAGAGGAUACACUGUUAGUCUGCCUUCACUGUUAGUGUGAAUUUGUGUGGUUCAUUAGAGAGGUUAUUUAAGAGGAUCGAGCUUUCAGUGAGCUUCAUACUGGCUAAUUUUAAUAAUGAUCUUAAGAGCAACUGUUUAGAAUAACUGAAAUGGGAUUCCUUGGUUAACUAUGUGCUGGAGAAAAUGAAAUUCCUUCAAACAGAAGGCCAUAUCCUGUGUUCCUUACUCAGGCAGAUCUCCCACUAAAGUCAGGAAUUGGCCUAGAUCAGAUUUGUUGAUUUUUAGACAACUUUGUUUCUAAACAAUUUCUGUACGAUUUCAUUUUGAAUGAGGAUAUUGACUUGCCCAAGUGUAACAACAAUAAAAUAAAGUGCUGUAGUGCUCUUGUCCAGUUUCUUUUUCCUGAAGCAACGCAGUUCACUGGCUUAAAAUAUUGGAGGCUUAAAAAAUUGCUCUAUGAUGCUUUUGGUUUCAAAAAACCCAACAAUCAUAAUAAAAAAAAAUCAAAAAAACAACUGACCAUUUGAAAAAACAUAUUCUAUUCCUGAAGGCAAAUCUAAUUGACUGGUCAUUCAGUAAAAUAUAACCAAAAUACAUGUAUUUGUAUGCAGUCAGUUAGGCUAUUUGCAUUUAUUACUGUUCAGGUUAUUUUUGUAAAACAUUAAUUACAUGAUGAACCCAAACCACUUUAUGGUGAGAUAGAAAACGUGUGUGUCUUGGCCUUUACUGUUUCUGUUGGAAUUUGAUCCAUGCCUUCAUAAACACUUGGUUGAUAAGGUGGAAUUUGGCUAUUUAUCUUUGUUUCUUGAAGUUUAAAAUGCAUUAUUUGUAAUGUGGACUUGGCAAAUAGGAAUAAAUUAAUGCAACCUGA